CGCUUCUCAAUCUUGACUCCUUCAACCUUGCUUUCAUUUGUCCAUCGCGCAAGCAUGGAAGAAGAACGAACAACCACAACAACAUCAGCACCAGCAAGCGACAAUGCUUCGACAUCUUCACCUACAGAGCACAAGCACCCGCUCCCCUCAAUCCUCAAGUCCUCUGCCCUCUUCCCUCCCUCGUCCUCACGCCCCGGUACGCCAGAUACGAGCAGCAUACACUUCAGCUCGGGCAAUCAUCCCGAGCAUGUGCCCGUUGCCAACAGCAGCUCAGAUGGUGUAGAUGGACAGGGUCACCAUAGCGACCCAUUCCGCUCCAUUCACCCUGCGUCGAGACCUUCCUCGCUGCGAAGGGUCAGCGAUGAUUCGUUGAGCAUUCUAGGGAGCCAGGGGGCAACGCCUUCACCUGCUCCUUCACCAGCGGCACUAGAUGACUCUGCUCAUCCUCAUGGUAUCCUCAAGCAUAAAAGCCAGCCCAACUACGGUGGUAAUCCCGGCACAGGGCCAGCAUUGUCCAAGAGUCGCACCUCAAGCUCCGGAGGCUUGAGCGCAGAUAUCAAGCCAGGCUAUGAACGCAGAGUGGGUUUCGACUCAAUGAUAGACGCAGACGAGACGGCUUCAGGCACAUUUGGCUUCACCCUUCAAGUCAAAUCUCACGGAUACCAGCGAACCCGCAACACACGCACAUUCAUGUGUGCUGUGGACCGCAACUCGUACAGCGAACGCGCCCUCGAGUGGCUCAUGGAGUCCCUCCUAGAGGACAACGACGAGAUUGUCACCGUCACUGUACUUGAAGGGGAUCCGGAUGAGAUCGAUCAGGAGCAAGCGCGCGAUGCAGCGAGGGAACUCAUGUCGGCCAUUUUGACGCUCAAUGAGGAGGUUAGGGAUAGGAAGAUCAGUAUUGUUGUCGAAUUUCUGGCGGGAAGGGUCACAAGCACCAUUGUGCGAUUGAUACACAUGUACAGGCCGGACAGCUUGACCAUCGGGACGAGGGGGAGGACGCAUAAUGCGCUGCAGAAGCUGAUGGGCGGGGCCAUGAUCGGAGGGUCGAGCAGAGAUAUUCUCCUUAGGUCGCCGGUGCCUGUUGUGGUCGUCCGCCCAGAAGCAAAGGUAGCCAAGCACCUACGGGAGCGUCAGGCCGACCCCAAGCGACGGAGCUACCAUGCACUCGUAUCCAAGGCAGAGGACAGCGAGCUCCCUCUGACGAAGCCCAAGGCACGCGUUGCUCACUCCUCGUCGAGCUCGCUCAGUCAUCUGCUGCAUCAUGGCAACGAUGGCACUUCCUCGCCCUCGAGCAAUAGUAGCGCGACCAGGGCGAAGGAUGAUAGCGGUGGUGUGGUCAGCAGCUUGUUCUCGAAUCAUUCAAGAAAUCAGUCGACGGAGACCAAACCGACGACGACGACGACGUGAUGUAGAGCGAUGACGGUCCUCGCCUCUGCUGUGUCUUUACUUUACCCCUUUCAUCAUUCGUUCUUCCGGGUGCCUGCAUUUCCCUGUACAAUACCAUUCACUCUUCACUGCGAUGCCCUCACAC